AACUACCAAAAGCGCCAGCAUGACAGAUUGCCUGCAACUACCUGCCAUUUUAUCACCAGCACCAGAUAAUUCUCAACCUCAAACACUCAUUUUGUGAAGAAAAUCAAUUUUAUUUAUAUUGAAAUGCAUAUGUAGUUACAGGACACAAAAAGAAACAGGGAAAUAUAGUGGAGAGGGAAUAUCACAAGAGGGAGAGACUAAGGCCAGCAAGGAACCAUGAGGAAAGGCCAGGGAAGGAGCACCACGAACGGCCAGGAAAGGCCAGGGAGGGACCACCACGAACGGCCAGGAAGGAACCACCAGGAAAGGCCAGGGAGAAACCACGAACGGCCGGGAAGGAACCACGAGGAAAGGUCAGGGAGGGACCACCACGAACAGGAGGAACCACAAGCAAACAGCAGAUGCUGAGCUCGAGUCUCGAGAGGUGGUGGUUGUAGGACCACCACGAACAGGAGGAACCACAAGCAAACAGCAGAUGCUGAGCUCGAGUCUCAAGAGGUGGUGGUUGUAGCUA